AAUUUUUUAAAAAAUAUGUCACGAUUUGAUUGUGUAGACGAUGGCCAACCGCUUGAAUUUUUUCAACUACUCGAUGCCCAUCAGUCGGACCSGUCACCCGAUAAGGUCAACCUGAUUAUCGGCGUUUACCGUACAAAUAAUGGCCAGCCAUGGAUAUUGCCGGUUGUCCAGAGUGCCGAACUGGCCAUCAUCGCCGACUCGGCCAACAAUCAUGAAUAUCUGGGACUACUAGGCGAUCGACAAUUUACAAAAUUAUCGACAAAAUUAUUGUUAGGCGAAAAUAGUCGAGCUAUUCAAGAAAAUAGAACAUUUGGUUGUCAAGGUUUAUCGGGAACGGGAUGUUUGCGAUUGGGUGCAGAUUUUUUAUCGAAAAAAUGCGGUUUCAAACUAUUAUAUAUAACUGAUCCAGCAUAUGACAAUCAUCGGUUGAUAUUUACGUCCGCGGGUUUCGAUGUCCGCAGCUAUCGAUACUACGAUACCGGGAACCGUCGCCUGGACUUUGACGGCCUAAUCCAUGACCUGAGUCGGGCACCGGUUGAUUCGGUAGUCGUAUUGCAUGCCUGUGCACACAAUCCUACCGGUAUGGAUCCGACCCGUGACCAGUGGACACAGAUUGCCGAUUUGAUGUCCGAGCGCCGAUUGUUUCCCCUAUUUGACUGCGCCUACCAGGGCUUUGCAUCGGGCAAUCCCGAUACGGAUGCCUGGAGUGUACGGUAUUUUGCGGAUAGAGGUUUUGAGUUGUUAUGUGCCCAGAGUUUUGCCAAAAAUUUCGGACUUUACGGUAAUUUAUACAAAAAAAGUGAACGUAUUGGCAACUUAACAGUUGUAUUGAAUUCAAGUCAAAACAUCAAUAAACUACAGUCUCAACUAUCACUGAUAGUUAGAGCUAACUAUAGUAGUCCAUCAAUGCAUGGCUCAAAAAUUGUUAGCAAAAUUUUAUCAGAUCCUAAACUAACUGAGGAAUGGCAUGAUUGCAUCCAAACAAUGUCCGCACGUAUACUAAAUGUUAGGCAAUUGUUGCGCGAAAAACUGGAACAAUUGAAAACUCCGGGCAAUUGGUCGCACAUUACCGAACAGAUCGGUAUGUUUUCCUACAGUGGCCUAACCGGUGAUCAGGUGCUUAGGUUGCGCCAUAAGUUUCAUAUCUAUAUGCCUCGUAACGGCCGAAUCAGUUUGAGCGGACUGACCACCGAUAAUGUUGACUAUGUGGCCAAAGCCAUCAACAAUGUUAUAGUUAAUCAAUAAUAAUAAUAAUAAUCUUAACAAUCAAUUAAUUUGAUGAUAAUAUUUAAAUUAUAUUGAAUUUUAAUG